UUUCAAUCAAUCCUUCACUUCAAACCACUUUGAAUCAAUCUCUUUUAUGCUUUCUCUCUUUCUCUCUUUUUCUCUACAUUUUCUUUACUCUCUUCCAUCUGAUCUCUUCCCUCUUCAAUUUGCGCUCCAGGAAUGCUAGUUCUUCGGUCUCAAACCUCUUUGUUGCUCAGGGCUCGAGUUCCUCUUCUUUCAUUGUAACUUUUGAACAAUGGGGAAGUCUCCAGGGAAAUGGAUCAAGACGGUUCUGUUUGGGAAGAAGUCAUCCAGAUCUAGUUUUCCAAAAAAUGCCGCAAUUGAGAAAAAGGCUCCUUCUGGAGUGUUGGCUGUGGAUCCUCCUGCAAUUGCAGAUCUGCCAUCUCAGACCACUGGUGGAAACACAGAUUUGGAAAGCGGUACUAAUGAGACAUUUUUAUUGCCUAGAAAUCAAGGAUCAGAUACAGAAGAUGCUGUGGGAUUGAACUCAGCAAGCAAUGGUGAGAUAGAGCAAGCUGCCACAAAGGCACAAGCAGCUUUUAGGGGCUACCUGGCACGCCGGGCAUUUCGGGCCCUCAAGGGAAUCAUAAGGCUGCAAGCACUUAUUCGUGGGCACUUGGUUAGGAGACAGGCUGUUGCUACUUUGCGUUGCAUGCAAGCGAUUGUUAAUUUUCAGGCACUAGUUCGUGGCCGACAAGUCAGACUUUCUGAUGCUGGGUGUCAGGUGCUUAAGAGGUGCAAAACAGGAGAAUCCAUGGAGCGUAAACAGUUGGACUCAAAAUCAAAAAAUUCAUUUCUUCGGUCAGAGAAGCUAUCGAGAAAUGCAUUUGUUAUUAAGCUUGUUGCUUCGUUGCCUGUUGUUAUGCCUCUCAGCCUCCGGUAUGAUCUAGUUGAACCAAAUUCAUUUUGGAGCUGGCUUGAACGGUGGUCAUCAUCCCGCUUCUGGGAACCACUUGCCCGACCAAAGAAAAGUCUUAACUCAAAGCCUCAAAAAAAGCAAGCUAACAUGCAAACUGUAGAAAGAGAAUCGGGAAGGCAAAAAAGAGGUGUCCAGAGAGUCCCUGCAUUACAUGGUGAUGGUAAUUCAUUGCAUUCCACCUCUGAGUAUGAGAAACCCAAACGAAACCAGAGGAAAGCUCUGACCCAUCAAACAGAACCAGUCCAAGAACAACCUCAAAAUGAACUUGAGAGGGUUAAACGCAGUCUGAAAAAAGUAUCUGUAUCAGCUGAAGAGGCUACUGACAAGUCAGAAGCUGUUACUGAGAAGCUGCAACGCAGUCUGAAAAAAGUGUCAAGCUCUCCUGCUCCGGUUGUUUCUGAGCAGGGUAUAAAUAAAUCUUCAGAGAAAACUAGUGAUUUAACUGUUGCAGUCUCUGAACAUCCUGUGGUAGAACCACCUCCAAAGCCAUUGGCAUUGGAUGAACCAGUUGAAAUGCUGCAUGAUGAUCAUCCUGCUGUUGAACAGCUUUCUUCAGAAAGUGGUGAAAAGGUCAUGAAUGGUGAUAAGGUGAACGAGGAGUUAAGCUCCAAGGAAGAUCAGUCUAAGGAGAACCAGAAAACCAAGAGGAGGAAAUCUUUCCCCGGAAAACAGGAAUAUCCUGAGAAUGUCUCGCAGAACACUCCAACCGUGCCAAGCUAUAUGGCAGCAACUGAAUCUGCAAAGGCAAAACUUAGAGCUCAAGGAUCGCCAAGGUUGGGUCAAGAUGGGGCUGAAAAUGGUCUUGCCAGGCGUCAAUCCCUGCCAUCCUCCACGAAUGGAAAAGUGAUCUCACUAUCACCUCGGGUUCAGAGGCCAGCAGGACAAGCAAAUGGCACAGGAGGAAGUAGAAGUGAUAGAUCACUUUUGUCCUCUAGAGAAGAGAAGAUGAUCCAGCCCGGGUGGAGGAGGUGAGUGUGGCAUGCUGCUUUUGGAAUAUUAUGGAAUUAGAAGGUGAAAAAGUGACUGCUUGGUUGUAGUUCAUCACUUGAUGAUGUUCUGCAAAAUUCUGGUGUCAAACAUGGAAUCAAACUUUGACAAAUAACUAUGAUGUGCCUUUUUUUUAUUUUUUUCAUGGCAUUUAGGUUCGCCAUAAGGGAAUGUAUAGUCAUAUACCCCCAGUGUGUGUUGUUUUGUUUAGCAUUAUCUGUGUGCUUUGUUCUUUUAUCUUUUUGUUUCUCUACAACAUUGUAAGAAGCGAGAAACCUUGAACGUGCUUGAUAAACAAUACCUCUCUGGAAAUUGCAUAUUUUGUCUUCCUUCUAACUUUCA